CUUUACUACAGGUGUGCGGUUGAACGUUCAGUAUUCGCGGGGAUGAAACAAAGCGUUUGGGCUGAUUUGACAAAAAGGAGCGGAGACUGAUGACAUGGGAAUAAGAGCUUUCCAGUGACAAUGAACAUAACCAGUACAACAUUCAGACCCCUAAACCACACAAACAGUUGUGAACCACUUUACGAUGAAGAAAACCCACUUCCACUUGUGGUUCUCUACAGCACGGUCCUCGUAUUAGGUCUGCCUGUUAACCUGAUCACAGUCUUCCUCACGUCCCUGGAAGUGUAUCGAAAGAACGUCCUGGGAAUCUACCUUUUUGGCCUGUCAGUGUGUGAUCUGAUGUAUCUAUGUACACUUCCAUUCUGGGCCAUUUACAUCAACAGAGGCCAUCACUGGGAGUGGGGCUCUUUGACCUGUAAGAUCACCGGCUACGUGUUCUUCAACAACAUGUACAUCAGUAUCUUCCUAAUGUGCUGCGUUUCCGCAGACCGCUUUGUGGCGGUGGUCUACGCCAUGGAGUCUCGAGGUCUGAGAAGGAUGAGGCAUGCCGUGAUCAUCACAGCUGUGAUUGUGCUGGUUGUUGCUGCGGGACACCUGCCGGUUUUCACCAUGACAGAGGGCGACUCUGAGAAAAAGAAGGAGAAGCGGUGCUUCGAGCCAAGCGACCCUUCUGUCAUAGUGGCGGGAUUCAACUAUGCCCGCUUCUUCAUUGGUUUCUUCAUCCCGCUGUGCAUUUUAAUAGUUACAAACUUGGCCAUCAUUACUAAAGUUCGAGCUAGCACGGGUUUGAAGCCACGGGCCAAAGUCAAAAUUCGUAACCUGGCCUUAGCCGUCAUCUUGUCCUUUCUGGUCUGCUUCACACCAUACCAUGUGAUCCUUUUGCUGCGCGCCAUCAAUUUCCACUUUUCAGAUGGGAAAUGUGACUUUGAAAGAAGUGUCUACACACCCUAUACGAUCUCUCUGGGACUGUCUACCAUAAACAGUGCCAUAAACCCGGUUUUCUAUGUGCUUAGCAGCAACAGUGUUCAUACGAAGAUCCACAAAGGCCUGCAAGGGUUACGUAGCAGCUCAAGAUCUUCUUCUUUUGCAUGAUUUUCUCUGGGUUUUUUUCUCUAUUCUGUUGCCUGUAGAACAUUUAAAUGUUUUGGAUUUAGAUAUGAAAUGUUACUGUUAAACAUGUUUAUUAAAAUGAAUGGUCAACCUCCAUCCAGUCAACAACCUGAUCUAUUAACUCAAGAAUGCGUUUAAAAAUGCACAUAGAGUGACCUACCUGAUCUCAUGACGAAACUGCACCUGUGGGUACUUUUUCGCAAGACACGAAAUACGUACCAAUGAGUACAUAUCACUGCUGUUUCCAACAGAAAUGAACAUUGGAGGUGGUAAAACAGCGAGCACUCAUGAUGAAAGAGCCGAAAGAUGAGAUUGAAAAACAAGCUAAAACGCUAGCUUGUGGUUGCACUUUUACGUCAGAUUCACUCUUGUUCAUACUACUGGGUAGGUUUAGGUGUAGUGCAGAUGGUACGUUAUUUUAAAACGACACAAAGCAUUAGAGGUAUAGUGGCACUCAACGGACAUUUCAAGUCAGAACUGUGGUGACAUGUUCACGCUGACAGUGACUUAAGAUCAUAUUAGUGGAAUUUUGGCUAAAUUUCACUGGCAAAAAAGUAGGGGUGGGCGAUAUACUGGUAGACACAAUUACCCAGUACAAAUUUGUCAACCGUCGUAUUUUUUGAGGAAAACAUUUCAGCAUUUUCUCUAUAUAAUGGACUGAUAUGGUGCCCCGCUUUUGAACUUCCAAAAUGCAGUUUAAAUGCGGCUUC